CCCACAGCUGAGGGAUGCCGAGACUUGCCUGUUGCUAGCCAGCUAGCCCCGUUAGCUGUGUCUGGCGAUUCUGGCUGAAACGGAUGGAUUUUAAUCCGCUUUUCCUGAACGACUCCAACUGAGUUACCCAAACAACUCGACAUGGGGAGGAUACAAUGUGUAUGGUGGUCCUCUGUAUCCCCUCGUACCGUCAACCUUUGCCUUAGCUUUAGUGUCAUAAAUCGUAGCUAGGCUGUUCAGUUAUCUGAAGGCCAAGCGAAGAAAAGGCAGGCCGUCACUGGGUGGAUCAGAGAAGAUUGAGGCGUCACAUCUUGCACAUCUACUUUGGGAUCAGCCACCGUCGCCUCUGCCAGUAUUUUCAACUCCUUCCACCCCAGAUGAGCCAUGUCUUCGUCAGGGUGCUGCCAGCUCCCCGGCUCCCUUUGCGAUUAUUCUGGGAACACUGAGACUAAUGCCUCUAAGGAUUCAGAGGAGUCUGAUUCUACUACACAGGCCCAGUACGUUGCCAAGGUUACGGCUAAAGAUGGCCGCCCACUUUCCACUGUUGUCAAAGCUGUGAGCUUGCAGAGCGAUGUGGGGAUGUGUCGAAUUUGUCAUGAGGGAGCUGGAGGGGAGACGCUGCUCUCACCCUGCGACUGCACUGGUACUCUGGGAAAAGUGCACAAGAGCUGCCUAGAAAAGUGGCUGUCCUCCUCUAACACCAGCUACUGUGAACUUUGUCACACAGAGUUCACCAUCGAACGGAGGCCACAGCCACUGACACAGUGGCUGAAGGACCCCGGGCCUCGCAGUGAGAAGCGCACGUUGCUGUGUGACAUGGCCUGCUUCCUUCUCAUCACACCCCUGGCGGCUAUCUCAGGGUGGUUGUGUCUCAGGGGGGCCCAGGACCAUCUGCAGCUGAAAAGCCGACUUGAAGCUGUUGGGCUUAUCGCUCUGACCAUCGCCCUCUUCACCAUCUACAUCCUCUGGACACUGGUGUCAUUUCGGUAUCACUGUCAGCUUUAUUCGGAGUGGAGGAGGACCAAUCAGAAAGUGCGCCUGCUCAUGCCCGACAUGAAGGGGGCGCACACCACCCAGCGUUCGGUGCCGACAAAGUCGACCAAGAAAAUGACUGACGAAACCAUUGUAUGAGUGCAGAGCGUCGGCUGGGAGGGGGGAGAUAAUGCAAAUCAAGCACU